GCUCAGCUCUAGCUGCUACCCCCCUUCUCUCACUCUCACUCUCGCGCCUAAUGCGUGUGUGGCUACUGCUCCCCUCCUCCUCCUCCUCCGUUACCACCACUACACCAUCUUCUUCCUCACUCCUAAACAUCUUUUCUUGUUCUGCGUCCCAACCCAGACAAUGCAGGAGUCCGCGAAUUCCCCACGCUUUCACGUUUUGAAUUCUUUCUUCUUCCUAUUCUUCUUCUUCCUAUAUUUGUUCCAACUUCUCCGACCAUCCUUAAUCUACCCUACAUGACAACCUGAUGUACCUUCUCUUCUUAAUUCCCUUAUCCUUCACUACUAAUCCUACAUGGCCGACCCUCAGAACGUGAACGAGGGAGACCAACCCCCUCCUCCCUCUCCUCACUCUCCUCUGCACUUGGGAGUCCAACAACCUUAUCCUUCACUUCCUCAGCAAUCCCCUCUCUCUCCCUCUACUCUCCGCCAGGGAGAACCGCAAGGCCCGCAACCACCAAAACUGAUCAUGGCCACGUCGUCUUCUUCCUCUCCUCGUGGAUCAUCCACUAGCAGACACCCAAUCUACAGAGGAAUCCGGAGCCGAAGCGGCAAGUGGGUAUCUGAAAUCCGAGAGCCACGAAAAAGUAACCGCAUAUGGCUUGGCACUUUCCCCACCCCAGAAAUGGCAGCCGCCGCCUACGACGUCGCAGCUCACGCACUCAGAGGCUCUGAUGCUAUUCUCAACUUCCCAGACUCGUUACCCACUUACCCAAUUCCUGCUUCUUCUUCUCCAUCUGAUAUACGUGCUGCAGCAGCUGCCGCUGCUGCUUCGAGGAUGCCGAAGCCGGUAAACUUUGAGAGCCCAGCAAGCACGACUACACCCGAGAUUGAUUCUACUGCAACUCCUACACCUGUGCCAACACCGGGAGAAGAAGAAUUCUUAGAUGAGGAAGCACUGUAUCAUAUGCCCAAUUUGCUUGUCAAUAUGGCUGAGGGAAUGCUAAUGAGCCCACCAAGAAUAAAGUCUCCUCUUUCUGAUGAUGACGACUCACCAGGAAGUUCUGAUGCCGAUAGCCUCUGGAAUUACUAACUCAACACCAUAUUGUUGGAGUAGAAUAGAAUAUGGUAAGUGAUUCCGAAGGCAAGAGAUCUCAAUUCAAUCCCUUUGGCUGCGCGAUUGAGCUUCAACCAACACAUAUCGACCCAGAAAAGAUUCAAAAUACACAUAAAAUUAAGGCCAGAGAUGAGUUAUUAUAGUAAAGCGGCAUAACAAUAAGACAGGCGACACUAGCAUCAGAUUGUUCGCAUUUUUAACAUUGGAGUGAUCAUUUUCCAACUCUUUUUUCUUUUUUUUUCUUCUUCUGAGUUGUGGUUCUGAUUAGGCUGCUUACUAACUUAUAUAUAUAUAUAUAUAUAUAUGAGUGCAUGUAAAAAUGCUUCGCUUGUAUAAUAUUUAAGUAGCAGCAUAGCUAUGCUCGCAGUGGUUAGCUUUUGCUAUUUCUUCUU